UUAUUUUCCAGACAUCAAUUUAUUUUCUGAUUUAAAAGGUAACAAAGUAAAAAAGAUUCUUCUCGAGGAUCUCUCGUUCGAAAGGCUCCACUUCGGUCGCGAUUUCAGAUGGAUGCACCGGAGCAAACUGUGAGCAACAUCCUUGAACAAGAUAAACUGAAAUGGGUCUUCGUUGGAGGCAAAGGAGGCGUCGGAAAAACCACGUGCAGCUCCGUCAUCGGCAUCCUCUUGGCCUCUGUUCGCCAAUCCGUCCUCAUCAUCUCCACGGACCCUGCUCACAAUCUCAGUGACGCCUUCCAACAAAGAUUCACAAAAACCCCCACCCUCGUCAACGGCUUCACUAAUCUCUUUGCUAUGGAAGUUGAUCCUAAAGUAGAAAAUGAUGAUAUCACGAGCAAUGAUGGCAUAAACAGCUAUAUCUCUGAGCUAACUGAUUCAAUUCCUGGUGUUGACGAGGCAAUGAGCUUUGCUGAAAUGUUGAAGUUGGUUCAGACCAUGAAUUACUCGGUUAUUGUGUUCGAUACGGCUCCAACUGGUCAUACUUUGAGAUUGUUGCAAUUUCCAUCGACUUUGGAGAAAGGCUUGGAGAAAGUUAUGGCGUUGAGAAGUCGGUUUGGUGGUUUAUUGAGUCAAGCAACUCGUUUGUUUGGCCUUGGUGAUGAGUUUAAUGAGGAUGCGAUGGUUGAUAGGCUUGAAACCAUGAGGGGAAUCAUUGAAAAAGUGAACAAUCAAUUUAAGGAUCCGGAUUUAACGACUUUUGUGUGUGUUUGUAUCCCGGAGUUUCUUUCUCUAUAUGAAACCGAGAGGUUGGUGCAAGAGCUAGCAAAGUUUGAGAUAGAUUGUCAUAAUAUUAUCAUUAAUCAAGUGAUUUUUGAUGAGGAAGUUGUUCAGUCUAAGUUGUUGAAAGCUCGAAUGUCUAUGCAGAAGAAGUAUAUUAAUCAGUUCUAUAUGCUUUAUGAUGAUUUUCAUAUAACAAAGCUGCCGUUACUUCAAGAGGAGGUUUGUGGGGUUGAAGCGUUGAAGCAAUUUUCCAAAAACUUCAUAAAACCAUACCAGCCUUCUUUAACUCGAGGAACCGUUGAAGAGUUGGAGCUCCGAGUUUCUCUGCUGAGGUCACAACUAAAAGAAGCAGAAUCAGAGCUUCAAACAAAGAAGAAAGGAAAGUAAAAAAAAAAGCUUGAUCUUGCAUCCAUCUCUGGAAUUCUCUUCAAACCUAUUUCAUUUCAAACAUUUAGUUUUUCUUUGUCAUAAGUCUUUGAUCUUAAUAGCGAAAACUGCAGCCUAUUUCUGCUUGUGUUCAGUCCAUAUUUAUUUAUUUUAAGAUAAUAGAUCUGCUUGGUUAUACUU